AUGGCAACGCUGCGAGCUGCACCAGCAAGACGAAGUCGAGGUCGACAACAGGAGCAGUAUACUCACGGCCUCCUCCUCUCCCGUCUCACCACCAACUCCCUCUUUCUGCAGGAGAUCGAGGCAUUCCAGAGCGCGGCCAGUACGUUGGGCCGCGAGAUCCAGGCCUUCGUGGGCGAUAUCUCGCGGCUGGAGGCCCUCGCUCACAUCCCUCGCGACCUCAGCACCUUUGAAUUGGAUCAUGGACGCGUGGAUGAGCUGCAUCGUCGGCGAAGGUUGCUACUCCGACGCCUCUCCGUUUGUGAGUCACGCGGCGUGGAUUUGCGCAAGCGGCUGCGGGAAGUGGAUGGUAUCGCCUCCGCCGUAAGUAACUCCGAAGAUGAAGAUGAUGGUGACGUCGGUCUUAGUGGCAGUGGACGUGAAGAGGUAGUCAGCUCGCUGGACCUACCUGUGGAUCGAUCAACCCAGAUCAUCCUUGUGGAACAGUACAUUAUCCAACUAUCCGAGAUACGGUUGAAAUUGCGGAAGUUCUGGAUUCGAUUCACUCAUGGAUUAAGGAAUUUGAAAACGCUUGAAGAAUUUGAAACUCGGUACAAAAAGUUGCAUCCCCUUCUGAACUCGUGGCAGUCACUGAUCACGUCAGUCUCCGACUACCUUCCCGGUCAUCCGGGCGCUCCACUUCUUCCCGCCGCCUCCUUUAGCGAUUCUUCACUCCGUGGCCUCUCCGACGCCUCUGAGGAGACCGACUCGGCUGUGGCAAUGGCAGGUGAGGAGGAAGGCAUGAAUAGCGACUCUUCUAACUUUUCUUCCGCCGCCCUCGUCUCUACUGCAAAGAUCACUGCUGCCCCAGAAGACCCCAUGGAGGGUCUCUUGACAAUCCAGGCUCGUAGCAAAGAGGCUCAAGCCUCCGGAGUUUCGAUACUUGGUGAGAUCCUUGAUCUUAUUGUUCUCGGAGAGACCAUUCGGGACGAAGCCAUCGCUGCUGCCACCUCUUGUGUACCCUCAGAUGGUAGCGGACAGAUCGACAAGACAAUGAGUAUCACCAGUUCCAAUAGUGCUCUCGCUCGUCUUACGCUUGGUGGUCGCCAAAUUGAUCCACUGAUAGAUGGGAAAAAAGAGGAUGAGGAGUAUGGGCAUAAUGGCAGAGAUGUGAAAGAAAUAGAGGAUGCCUAUGAAUCAGAGGAGAGUGACGUUUUAGGCUCUGAUGAACUUUCAGUCGAAAUGACAAAUGAGACAAAGGGGGAGAAUAUCGAGUGUCCACCUUCGUCUCUUCCAUUGAUCUGUCUUAUUCCCGAAUACGCAACGGCCCAUAUCGUCAGUCUGCGUCAACUUGAGGUCCUGGCUUGUACGACCCUUGACAAAGCUGUCAGCCAACUGGACCGACUUGUUCAACUCUACACCGAGAUUAAUCAGGCUCGUCAGUGGAUAUCAAGGGGAAACGGCCUUCUCAAUCCACUAACGGCGGCAACUAUAGUAGAGAUGGAUCCAACGGCUUGUGAGAAUGAAAUUAAGAAGUUGAAGGUAUUUUGCGAUUUGAGGGAGCAGAACCUCGUUCUCAAGGGUAAUCCGGCCCAGUUUAGAAAACAGUUUUCGGAUUUACUCAACGCCGAAAUGAAGGUUGAGUUAAGUCAAAUGCUUCGGCUGGUGGAGGAAGUUGAGCAGGCUCUCAAACUCACCGUUUCGAAACUGCGACAGCAAAUCUCACGCAGCGCCUACCCCAUCAAGCCUCUCCCCUCCUCUCAACAACAAAUCCAACUACAACAGUAUCAACCCCUUGGACAUCAGAAUCUCACCGCUCCUCUCUCCAAGCAGGCGCCGCUCAAUCAGGAGCAGGCUUCUCCCGAAAUAGAGACAUCGGAAGCAGUUGCGUCCAGGAGGAAUAAUGCAAAACUCUACCAAAGAGCCCUCCAGGAACUGCUCGUCACCGAGGCCAAUUAUAUAAGAUUCCUCAAAGCGGCCACGCAGGCCUUCUCAGGAAGUCCAGGCGACCCCACUCUUCCUCGUUUGCCCACCUUUGUUCGGGACAAUCCGGCCCUUCUCAUUGUAAACCUCCCUGAACAACUUGUCUUCCACAACAGUCAUUUCUAUCCCCAACUCCUGGAGUGUAAUGGAGACCCCCAACUAAUUCAACAAUGGGCAGAAUCUUCGUUAAUUGAUUGUGCAUUUCUCUGGCAGUGGGCUAGCCUGGUGGAUCUGUACACCAACUACUGCCUGAAUUACGAGCGAGCCGCGCAAUACACAGCUGCCUUUGAAAAGCAUCAAAUUCACUCUCAGUGGAUCUCCGCCUAUAACCGAUACCUGAACCUCCUUGAGGCAAAGCCGGAGGAUGAGCAGGAGAAGGAGGCAGAGGGAGCGGUAGUUAAGGAGGAUUUGUAUAAAGUUACUAGCCUGAAUCGCAUCAAUUCUUGCAUUAACUUCGAGAACCAACUCCUCCUCGAUGGUGAUUGUGAUGAUGGCGGUGGUGUUAGUGGGAUGGGUGACGAGAACGAGGAGAACCUACCUCCAACGCGAAAGGACUCAUGUGGUGAGGCGGUCAAAUCCACCUCCCUCUGUCGUCCCCUCCUUGCCUACAGUUCGCGUCUCCUGGAGCCCGCUCAGCGAUUUCAACGCUACCACCUUCUGAUUGACCGACUCAAAAACUAUGCUCCUGAAGGGCCUCAGAAGGAGGCAUUGACAAAGGCCCAUCAGUCCAUGCUUGAUAUGUGCAACACUGUGAAUGUUCUCAUGCGAAUUCGUGGUCUUUCUGACCAUCCCUCUCGUCUGGGUCGCCUGUUGCUGCAAGACAGCUUCACGGUGUGGUACGGAGAAGGCCGAAACAACAAGCACCAGCGUUACGUUUUCCUCUUUGAAAACGUCAUUCUACUGACCAAGCUGCGCCAGACCAACAGUUCCUUGGUUUCCACCGUACUCGCUACUCUCAGCAGCAGUGGCACUUCCAGCAACCAGUCUCUCACCUCCGGAGUCACUGACUUGAAUACCGAAGAAGCGGGUAGUUGUGGGAAUGAAAUUGACAGUCUGCCCUCUUCUCUUCCCUCCAUCCCCAUUGAUAUCUCCUCUCAGAAACCCAUCUAUGAAAUUAAGAUGGAGAUCAAGCUUACGGAAGUAGGCUUGAUGCCAAGCGGCCAGGAGGACCGACGCCGAUUCGCGGUGUGGACAGCGUGUCGGGCGCAGCUGUACAUAUUCCAGCCGAACAAUUCGCAGGUGCGCACUCAGUGGGUUCGUGCUAUCAACGAUCUCCUUUCGGCCCAACUGAAGCGCAUCCGUGACGAUGUGAAUCGGCAGCAUAACAUUGUCACGUGUGCGUCACCAUUGCUCCAGCCAUCGUCAACGCCAUGUUGUCAACACGCUGACACCGCCCGGGACAACAGUGAUGAACAAUUCGAUGAAGACGCCGACAUGACUAAGCCUGGCAGCUAUUUUCUAACUCCAUUAAAACUGGCUGAUCUCGGAGAGUGCAGUUCCAAGGUAAAACUCGGCACAACGGGAGUGAGUGGUGUGAACGAAGACGAGUGCACACUGCGCCAGUACAGCAGCCAUAAGCAGCCUCACGGCCUCUCCCCUUCUUCAGCAACCAGUGAGGACAGUAGCCUCGAUCUGUCUUCUGGACCAGCUUCGCCAGACGCCCAGUUGCUCAUUCCAUCUCUUACCGCCGAAUAUUUUGUAGGCCUCUUCAAGCCCAGUAUUGAACAGCUCGACAACACCGUUGCGACCUACCUGCUCACUCAAGGAAAACUGAAGCUCUUGCUCGAGGGAAUCUCUCAAGGGUUGACGCAAGUACUGAAUCAGAUUAUUCCUCCUAUUGACCUUCAACGUCAUACAAGGAAAAUUACCACUGCAAAUUCGCGCCUUCGGGCUUUAGAAUCUCAUUUGCAACGCAUUCAGUUUCUGCGGGGCCUCGAUCUUUCUGGCGUAAACUUCGGCUCAAUAGGUGAGCACGUGGCUGCGCAGUCUUCGGACGGCGUGGCGCGUCGCAGUAAAAAUCGAGCCUUCGUGUCUGCAGCCUCCGCAGUGCUACCCUGCACCCACCCCCUGGAGAAGAUGGCCCGCCUCGAGUGGCUUAAACUUCGAAACACCCAGCUCACUAACUCUGACCUCCCCAGUGAGCUCAAGUACCUUAACCGGUUGGAAUACCUCUCCUUGGCCAAAAACAAACUCACUCGACUUACCUCCAUCACGGACUGGCCCAAAGUCUUCCCUAAUCUCCGUGUCCUCAAUUGCCGAAAAAACCAACUUGUUAGUCACGACGCCAUUCCGCCUGACAUCUUUAAUUGCCCCAAUCUCCAGGUGGUUGACUUUAGCUGCAACCAGUUGACUCAGGUUCCCCGAGGCAUUGAAAAUGCCUCGGGUCUUUUGGUGCUCAAUCUCAGCAACAAUCAGCUAUCAUCGGUGCCAGCGGAGAUAUUCACCGAGUGCACCGAAUUAAUGCUGCUUGAUCUCUCUGACAAUUGCCUCACUGUUUUACCCGCGCAGCUCCGUCGCUGCUCCUCCCUCCAACAGCUUGUCCUCAAUCGAAACCCCUUCCAACACUACCAGCCGCGUACCAUUGUAGCUAUAAAAAAUCUUGAGGUUCUCCAUAUGUCAGGCACGCAGCGACGCUUGGAUAAUAUCCCAAAGGAACUGGACCGAUUAACGAAGCUGGCGGAUCUGGAUCUCUCGCACAACCAGUUGGUGGGCGUGCCCGAGCCUGUCUUUGACUUGCGCGCGCUGCGGAAGUUGGACCUGAGCUACAACGAGAUCAGUGAGCUGUCGGCGCUGACGGACAACUGGCCCUCGCUGGAGUAUCUCAAUCUGAGCCACAACCAAUUGGUCAGCAUUCCUUCGGGCCUCACACGCCUCACGAAGCUGCGCAAGCUCUAUCUCAAUGACAACCAGCUCACCUUCUCCGGUCUGCCCUCUGGCAUGGCCAAACUCAACGACCUCGAGGUUCUCAACGCCUCCAACAACAAACUUGAAAAUAUUCCCGAAGGCCUGUGUCGGUGUGGACGACUGAAGCGCCUUAUUUUGUCCAACAAUGAGUUGGAAACCCUUCCUGAUGCAAUCCACUUUUUGAUUGAGAACUUGGAGAGGUUUGAUGUGGAGAACAACCCCAAGCUGCGAUUUCCACCCAAACCGCCGGCUCUACAGAAGGGUGCAGGCCUUGCUUUCUACAAUAUCGACUUUUCUCUGGAUGGCCAACUACAGAUGAUGCGUGGAAUUUCCCCUGAACCCAGCGAGGAUGUCAAAAAGGGCAAAGAAUCGGCGGCGCGACUGAAGCGGAUGCGUCGACGCCGACUAGACGGGGGUGAGAACGCGGUGACGACGGCAGCAGAAGAUACGGAGGGGAGUCAGGUGGUACUGGCAGGCAUGCGCCACAUCGCUGGCGAGAAGGAUGCCAUCAUGCGUCGACGUUAUGCUGAAGCUGCUCAAGCAGACGAGAAACAGGUCGCCGCCAAACGAUGGAAGGAGGCCCUAACCAAGCCCAACCUCGACUACAGUGAUAUCUUUGACGAGGACGCAGGAACGCAGUUAGGUGUGGAGAUCUGGGUGAUUGACGAGUUCUACCCGAAGCGUUUUGAACCAGAAGACGAAGAGUACGUGGGCCAGCUAUACUCGGGUGACUGCUACAUCCUCCUACAGACGCGCGAAGUAACUGAGGUGCCGAAGGACGGUGGGGCGACUGGUAAUCGGGAAUGGCGCAUUUUUUACUGGAUCGGUGCCAAGGCUAGUCUUGACAAGCGCGCCUGCGUUGCCAUGCACGCGGUCAAUCUGCGCAACUUCCUUGGCAUCGAUGGGCAGACACAGCGCGAAGAACAGGGCGAGGAGUCCUCUGACUUUCUCUCCCUAUUCCAGGGCCACAAAAUCACUGUUCUGGAGGGUUCUAGUGGCAGCACCGGCUUUCACAUCGUUGCCUGCAAGGAGGCCGCUGUUCGCAUGUACCGAUUAUUUGGUCAAGAGAAGACUAUGUAUAUAGUCUCAAUGCCAGUCAGUCCCGACAGUCUGGAUCCAAAGUUUGUAUAUCUAGUUGACGGCGACUCUUGUCUCUACGUUUGGUUUGGUUCGAGGUCACGCCUCCUUAUCCAGACCCGUGGCCGCCUGUUAGCGGAGAAGAUAGCUCAGAAGGAGCGGUUGAACGAGGCUACCAUCUCACUAGAGCACGAAGGUCGCGAGUCAACGGAGUUCUGGGCGGUGGUGAUGGGACUUUGGAAACCUGCCCCGCGCCCUCCAGCCGUGGAGCAUCAGGAGGAGAGACCGGUGCAAGCUAUCGUUGACCAUCCCAAACCCCCCACUAAUGUCCAACGCCCUCCACCCGCUCGUGACUACAUCUCGGCAGAUUGGAAACUCCCUAGGCCUAUCCUCUAUGACGUUAAACUUGGGAAGGGGUACUUGGAGCUCCUACAAGUUGAUCUGCCACUGGGUCAGUUGACACGGGAUAUAUUGAACUCUGAGAACGUGUACUUGGUGGACAGCGGGGGCGAGUUGUUUGUGUGGAUGGGGAAGAAGUCAGCGCGGUUCUUGCGUUACGCAGGUUUCAAGUUGGCCGAGGAAUUAACGGAGAUGAUGCCCCGUGGCUGCUUCGGCGGCGCCGAGGACACUCUUAUCGAUGAGAUUGUUGCGGACAACAGUGUGGAACAGACUGUUACCGCACACAAGCGGCUGCCCCCGCAGCCCUGUCCUGAAGGUGCUGAGAAUGAGAUAUUCCGAGCGCAGUUCGUUGGCUGGGAGCCAACCAUGGCAGUAGACUUCACGCGUACUGCACAGUCGGUGACAGCUCGCGGCGCCGAUCCCAACGUGAUUCUGGAGCGCGAUCAAAUUAAAACGGAUCUUCGAGCUCUCAUUGCACCGCGCGAGACACCCCUUUCCUGGGACAAGGCCAUUCAACUGAUGAAUGACCUGAACUACGAACUCAUUGAACCACUCGAGCUGGACGCCGACUUUAGUCAAGGCUCUCCCACUCCCUCUCUUCAGCAAUUCGUAAUCCUUGAUCGCAAGUGGGCGCCCGUUGAACCCAGGUGGUUUGGACACUUCUUCAACAAAGACUCUUACAUUGUUAUUGCUCGCUACUGGGAUAACGAGCUGUCGAUGGACACUGAGGAGGUCUCCAAGACGGUUGGAGAAGGGACUGUCGCGUCGGAUAAAGUUGGAGGAGAAGGUGAGGAGGGGGAAGAGGAGGAGGAACCAACAAAGACGGUUGUCUAUUUCUGGCAAGGUCGCGAGGCCUCUGAGCUCGCGUGGCUCACCUUUAACUUCUCCCUCCGCAAAGACAUGGAAUCGCGUCUCUCGCGCAACCCCAACGCUAAUGGACGUCCCCUCAGCGUGGAGUUCAAGCGUGUGAAGCAGCAGCAGGAAGAUAUGUACUUCCUCGCUCACUUUCUCCGGAAAAUGGUCAUCCAUUCGGGUAGCUAUCGCGACCGCGAUUCCGCCCAACGUCUAGAUCACGUACACUUCUACCACCUUCGCAUGAACGGUGACCCUAUCGCCACCAGGUGCCUUGAGGUGAAGCCUGCCGUACAAACGCUGAAUUCGUGUUUCUCCUACAUCUUGCGCGCCCCAAAGAAUAUCACGAACAGCAGUAUGGAUCAAGUUUUCAUUUGGAUAGGAGAAUCGGCGCAUCCAGACGACAAAAAAAUAUUACAGGCCAUUUGCGAUCAGAUCUAUGAUCAGUCUGGCACCAAGGUUGAGAUGCUGUCGGAAGGUGAAGAACCUGAUGCAUUUUGGACAGCACUGGGCGGCAAGGGAAAAUAUGACAAGACCGCCGACUACAUGCACUACGCGCGUCUUUUCAGGCUCUCCAAUGACGCGGGCUACUUUCACGCCUCGGAGAAAUGCGCCGACUUCUGCCAAGACGAUCUCGUCAAUGACGAUGUUAUGAUGCUUGACAAUGGCGAGCAGGUUUACCUCUGGCUAGGCAAAAAGACGUCUGACGUGGAGGUGAAGCUGUCACUACAGGCUGCCAAGUUGUACAAGGAACAUAUGGCCCGGGCUCAACCCUCACGACCGCGCCAACUUAAGUUAACAGCUAAAAAUGCUGAACCCUUCCUCUUCCGUCGCUGCUUCCACGGGUGGGGACCAUUCUAUGAACCCAAGGACUGGUCCGGAUAG